CAAUUCCUUUACGUCAUUUUGCAGUCACCUGAUUUCGUCUGUUCGGUACUCGCCAUUAUUUCUCCUGUCCCUGACCCAAAUGGGCGUGGAUGGGUGUGUGAAUUGGAAAUAGGAAAGUUCUCUUUCGACGUGAAACUACAUUGAGAAGUAUAUAUUUUCGAGGAACAUCAAGAUGGGGUCGUUAUUUCGAAGCGAGGAAAUGACACUGUGUCAGUUGUUUCUGCAGAGCGAAGCAGCUUAUGCGUGCGUGUCCGAAUUGGGGGAGUUGGGACUCGCACAAUUCAGAGAUCUGAACCCGGACUUCAACGCGUUCCAACGCAAGUUCGUGAACGAGGUGCGGCGCUGCGACGAGAUGGAGCGCAAGCUGCGCUACCUGGAGAAGGAGAUAAAGCGGGACGGCAUCCCCGUGCUGGACACGGGCGACAACCCCGAGGCCCCGCAGCCGCGCGAGAUGGUGGACCUGGAGGCCACCUUCGAGAAGCUGGAGAAGGAGUUGCGAGAAGUGAACCAGAACGCCGAGGCUCUGAAGAAGAACUUCCUGGAUCUGACUGAGCUGAAGCAUAUCCUGGGGAAGGCUCAGGAAUUCUUCGAUGAGGUAGGCUUUUAUUCCGCACAUAAGGCUGACCAAGGCUACACUUCGCAGAUGACGGACAUGAACCGAGAAGAGGAGCAAGUCACGCUACUGGGGGAGGAAGGCAUGCGUGCUGGCGGACAGGCUCUCAAGCUGGGCUUCGUAGCGGGCGUGAUCUUGCGGGAGAGGAUCCCGGCGUUCGAGCGCAUGUUGUGGCGCGCCUGCCGCGGGAACGUGUUCCUCCGGCAGGCUGAGAUCGACACGCCCUUGGAGGACCCAUCGACGGGCGACCAAGUGCACAAGUCUGUGUUCAUCAUCUUCUUCCAAGGCGACCAGCUGAAGACCCGCGUCAUCAAGAUCUGCGAGGGCUUCCGCGCCACGCUGUACCCGUGCCACGAGACGUCGAGCCAGCGCAAGGAGAUGGCGCUGGGCGUGAUGACGCGCAUCCAGGACCUCACCACCGUCCUGCAGCAGACGCAGGAGCACCGGCGUCGCGUCCUGGUGGCCGCCGCCAAGAACAUCAAGAACUGGUUCGUGAAGGUGCGCAAGAUCAAGGCCAUCUACCACACCUUGAACCUGUUCAACCUGGACGUGACGCAGAAGUGCCUCAUCGCCGAGUGCUGGGUGCCCGUGCUGGACCUGGAGACCAUCCAGCUGGCCCUGCGGCGCGGCACGGAAACCAGCGGCAGCUCCGUGCCGCCCAUCCUCAACAGGAUGCAGUCGUUCGAGGAGCCGCCCACCUACAACCGCACCAACAAGUUCACCAACGGCUUCCAGGCCCUCAUCUACGCGUACGGUGUGGCCAGCUACCGGGAGGUCAAUCCAGCUCCGUACACGAUCAUCACCUUCCCGUUCCUGUUUGCCGUGAUGUUCGGGGACUUCGGACACGGCCUGCUGAUGAUGCUGUUCGCUGCGUACAUGGUGCUCAAGGAGAAGCCCCUGGCCGCCAAGAAGAUCGACAGCGAGAUAUGGAACAUUUUCUUUGGCGGCCGGUACAUCAUCCUCCUGAUGGGCCUGUUCUCCAUGUACACGGGCCUCAUGUACAACGACGUGUUCUCCAAGUCGGUGAACAUAUUCGGAUCCUACUGGAAGAUAAACUACAACAUCUCCACUGUGACAUCGAACAAAGAUCUGCAGCUGGACCCGGCGUUCGACUACGAGCAGCAUCCGUAUCCGUUUGGACUGGAUCCAGUUUGGCAGGUGGCUAAUGCAAACAAGAUAAUAUUCUUGAAUGCUUACAAAAUGAAAAUCUCUAUCAUCAUUGGAGUCCUGCACAUGAUAUUUGGUGUUGUGCUCAGUGUGUGGAACUACACGUACUUCCAGAAGCGGAUCGACAUAGUUCUGCAGUUCAUUCCUCAGAUCAUCUUCCUGGUGUUCCUGUUCUUCUACAUGGUGCUGCUGAUGUUCAUCAAGUGGACCACGUACGCCCCCAGGAACCCGACCCCGACCAGCCCCUACUGCGCCCCGUCCAUCCUCAUCACGUUCAUCAACAUGGUGCUGUUCAAGUCCAGUCCUACGCUGGAGGGCUGCUCCGCCUUCAUGUUCGGUGGCCAGGAGACGCUCCAGAAGCUGCUGGUGGUGAUUGCGCUGCUGUGCGUGCCCUGGAUGCUGCUCGGGAAGCCCCUCUACAUGAUGCGGGCCCGCAGGUCCAUGCACGUCCCUCUGGACAGCAACCACCACCCGCACUCGGCGGGCACGGAGAACGGGGACGUGGAGGCGGCGCUGCCCGCGGUGCCCCCCGCGCCCCCCGCGGAGCACGAGGAGAUGAGCGAGGUGUUCAUCCACCAGGCCAUCCACACCAUCGAGUACGUGCUGGGGUCGGUGUCGCACACGGCCUCCUACCUGCGGCUGUGGGCGCUGUCGCUGGCGCACGCCCAGCUGUCGGAGGUGCUGUGGAGCAUGGUGAUGAGGAACGGCCUGACGUUCGAGAGCUGGUACGGCGGCAUCUUCCUGUGGGUGAUCUUCGCCUUCUGGGCGGUGCUGACCGUGGGCAUCCUGGUGCUGAUGGAGGGGCUGUCUGCCUUCCUGCACACCCUGCGUCUGCACUGGGUGGAGUUCCAGAGCAAGUUCUACUCCGGGCUCGGCUACACCUUCCAGCCGUUCUCCUUCGAAGCCAUCCUCGACACGGCCGCCACCGCCGAAGACUGAGCGGCCACCUCGGAGUAGUACUUACGUAGCGUUAGUCGUCGUGCUCUCCUAGGGAGUCCGUCUACAGUGUUUCAGUAUAUUCUUCAGGAGCAGGCAGGUCUACAUACUAAUAUGUCUAUGCUCGGUGUUCAUCAGUGUGUUUUAGUGCUGAUGCUGUAUCGCUUCUUUCGAUGCACAAAAUUGUACCUGCAGAAAAAAAGAAACAAAUUAAACAUAUUGGAAAUAUAUUGUGUAUAAGUACUUAUCGGGUAAUAUUUUAUCAUUUGAAUAUACUAUGUGUGGAAAUCUCUGAUUAAUAAUAAUAAUGAAAUAAAAUUCUCCAUAGUUUUGUAUGAAUUAUUAUAUAAAGCAAAUCUCAUUCUUGAUUUCUAUUUGUUAUUUCAUUGACUAUUAAAAAAUAAAAUUAAAUGCAUCCAUGUUAAAAAAAUUUUAAUUAUAAGAUUAAAGAUCUGAAAUUUUAUUUUGAACAUAUAUUUUUUUUUUCUUUUAAAAAUUGUUUUGUCUCCCCUUUAUUAAAAAAAAAUGGUUAGUUUGUUAAAGGUUGGGUUUAAAUUAUUUGCAUGUAAUGUGUUCGUAUCAAACAAUACAAGCAAUUCCCAGUUAACUCACCUGCGUCCUCAGCAGCUGAUGUUUCUUCGGAGACCUUACACCACAUGUACGUUACUUGACGUACUUGUGAAGACAUUUGCAUUUCUCUAACAUUUGUUCAUGUAGCUUUAUUUGAGAUUCAACUGUCAUGUGAUAUCCUUUGAAUAUUUAUGCAUUCACUUAGUACAGUCAUUGCAUAAUGUUACGACUUAACUGGUAAAUGUGUUGAACUUUUGGACAUCAUAACUGUACUAAAUUAUAAUUGUUCAUAAAUUUGAUUGAAUGUUUUUGUUGAUUUAUCAGCAUGAAAAUUACAAAGAUUUGUGUACUGCAAGUACGAGGUAAAAGUUGUGGAAUAGAGUAUGUACAGUUAUGUCAUGUGUAAUAUGUUUCAUAGUUGUUUACAUUCCUUUGUAUCAGUGCAAUGUUUGGAAGGUUUGUAGCAAGUGUGCAUUUGUAAAUGAGGUAAGCUUGUGGUGUUAACUGUAGUAAUAAACAUACAGUGCUACUUA